AUGUCUGGAUAUCGUUACGCAUCGGCUCGUCGUUUGGGCGACCGGUCCGCAUCCGUAUCCCCGGAACCGGUACCUCCGAUUUACGGGGCCACAUUGUCCUCUGAACCGGAAACAACAAGUGAUUACGGUGCACGACCCUACGAUCCCCAAGAUCCCAAUAUGGUUUCCAAUACUAUGUUCUACGAUCCGAAUAGUCCGUUUUUCGGUAUGGAUCCACAACUGGUCGGUUUUUUCCAAAAACACAAUGUCGUGAUGGAUGACGGAGCAGUUGUCAACAUAAACGCAUUGAAAGAGAAAGCUGCAUUGGAAAGUAAACCGAAAAAGAAAUUCCAGCCACCUUUCGGCUUAUCACGUAAACAGUUUACGAUUGCGGUUGUUGUGACCGUCGCACUCGUCAUAAUCUUGGCAAUCAUUCUGGGCUUGGGAUUGUACUUUGGUCUACGAUACAUCACUCCGUCGUAUCCACAAGCCCAGCCCUGGUGGCGUCGAACUCUUCUGUACCAAAUCAACGUGCUUACUUGGGCCAAUGAUGUGGGCGGUCCGACCGGUAGGCUGGUCGAUUUAAUUCCACGCAUGGCUUAUCUGUCCGUUCAACCUUCUCCAGGACCGUACGAGCAUAAUCAUUCGCAACGUGCCCCAGACAGUUCCGGAGCAGCGAUUGUUUUCAGAGCUGUGAGCACUCAGAAAUACGUUGCUGCCAUUCUGCCCAAUUGA